GCAGGAUUAGUGAAUCUAUAACGGCAAGCGUCAUGGACGAGUUAAAGUUUCUAAAUGUCGACCUUCAACAAUUUCCAAACGAGCUCCGCCACCGGACCGACGGUCUGAGUUCCAGCACACUGGUUCUGCGGAGAGGAGACUUUUUCCAAAUUCAGGUGAAAUUUGACGGACGGUCAUUCGAUAUGCGGAGGGACAGACUGAUCUUCCAAGUACUUGUAGGUCCGUUGUUUGUCGAAAUCCCUGUCUCUGUGUCUGGACAGCCCUCUCAAUCUCAAUGGAGCGCCAUUCUCAAGCAACCUGACCCAUAUUUACCCAGAGCAGUAUCAGUGUUUCUUUUCAGCCCUGCUUCUGCUCCUAUAGGUGUUUACACCCUCAGUCUGAGAAUAGAGACUCACACAAGUGUGAAAACACACACGCUUGGCCAGUUCACACUACUCUGCAACCCCUGGAGCAAAGCUGAUUCAGUGUACCUGAACUCUGCGGAUUUGAGAGAGGAAUAUGUGAGGAAUGAUUUCGGGCUGUUGUACAAAGGCACAGCCGCUAACGUCACUGCCAGACCAUGGUCUUUUGAUCAGUAUGAAAAGGGGAUAUUAGACAUUUGUAUGAAGUUGUUGCAAGUGAGUCCUCAAUAUCAAGCUGACAGGAAAAGAGAUUUACUCAACCGCAGAGAUCCCAUUUACAUCAGCAGAGUGAUUUCAGCUAUGAUAAACAGUCAGGAUGAUAAGGGUGUGUUAAUGGGGAAAUGGUCAGGGGACUACAGAGAUGGGGUUAACCCCUCACAAUGGUCUGGCAGCGCAGACAUUCUCUGGCAGUGGUCACAAACACGGUUCAGCCCUGUCAAGUACGGUCAGUGUUGGGUCUUUGCUGCUGUUAUGUGUACAGUAAUGAGAGCCUUUGGCAUUCCGACUCGUGUGGUCACCAACUUUAACUCUGCCCACGACACAAACGGAAACAUGGUGAUUGAGGAAUUCUACACAGAGAUGGGUGAGAAACUGUCACUCAGCCGGGAUAGCAUUUGGAACUUUCAUGUGUGGGUAGAGUGCUGGAUGAGGAGGUCUGAUCUGGGUGAAGGGAAUGACGGUUGGCAAGUACUAGACCCAACACCCCAAGAGCAGAGCGCAGGAAUGUAUCGUUGUGGCCCUGCGGCUGUGAAAGCAAUCCGUGAGCAGAGAGUGGAUGCGGCAUACGACGUGCCGUUUGUCUUUGCUGCAGUGAAUGCAGAUGUGCGCACCAUGAUCAUACGAGAUGGAAAGAUAUUAGGAUCCAGAACGGACACUGAGAGAGUCGGAGCCCUGAUCUGCACCAAACAUCCAGGAUCAAUGCAACUGCAGAACAUCACCUUAGAAUAUAAAAAUGAAAUGAUACGUGGCGGUGAGGAUCCUUCUUCAAGGAGAAUGGCUCCUGAGGGCCUAACUGUUUCUCUACGUCUUCUGACAACCCCCGUAAUGGGAGAAAACAUUUCAUUCAGCGUCAUAAUCACCAACAAAGAGACCGUUCCCAAAAUCCUGAAAGAGCAUGUGAAUGCUCAGAGCAAAGAGUACAACUGCAAUCCAGUCGCAACCUUCUGGGAGGAUCACAGUGAUCUCAGAAUCGGUCCUAAUGAAACUGUGACUAUAAAACAUGACAUCUCAUUCCGUGAGUAUGUAAUGAAGGAGGUGAGAGAGGACUAUCUGGUUGACUUGGCUGUGGUUAUAGAGGAUGUGAACUCACAGGCAAGAGUACUGGCUUCUGAAGAAUUUAACAUCACCAGCCCAGCACUCAAUAUACAGGUUGAAAAUGAGUACUCAGUCAUUGUUAACAUGCAGCAAGCUGCUGUGGUGAUGUUCACAAGCCCGUUCAAAGUUACAGUGAAUGGAGAGCUUACAGUAUCGGGUUCGGGACUCUUGGAGGAGAAGGUCGAACUGAAGAUUGCACUACAGCCUAGAGAAACCUUGAAGAGACCCGUCCAUUUUAUUCCCAGGAUGACAGGCCCCAAGAUGCUUCAUGCCAGAUUAGCAUUGACGAACCUGCCCACCGUCCUGCGUGGAUUCAAGACCAUCAACGUUCAGCCAGCUUAAAGAUAUGAAAGUCACCUUUGUCACAAAACCUGUCCAUGUUGGCAUUUGCCUAAUUUUGCUCGGUGUGAUUAAAGUGAUUAAUUUGUGCCAAAAUACUAUAGAGUCUGAUUGGACUCAAGUCAACAACAAAAGAUAUGAGAAGCAUUUUCUACUCUGUUUUAAUAAUGGAUAAGCCUAGUUAAUUUGCUACCAUAACUAUGUACAUUUAUUUGGUAUAAUUUUGUUAUUUGCAUUUAGCAGUAUUUUUUUUAAUCAGAAAAUACCUGAAAUUCAGUUUUUGGUCACAACCCAUCAAUUGUAUUGCAGCAUUUUUCAUGCUACUGUCUCUUUAUGAUGAAUCGCUUGUCAUUGCAUUUGUAAGUCACGGAGGAUAUGAGCAUUACAAAAUGAAUAGAUUUGGAAAAUAAAGUGUACCCCAUUAUGAAAGUCGAAUCCUGCUACAGAAUAGAAAAUAAGAGUAAUUAUUAUUAUAUAUUACAUACAUAUACAAUAUAUUACAUAUAUUUAAGUAAUAUCACAGGAGCAAGAGUGCGAUAUGGCCCUACAUAAGCACUGAUGUGAUUCGGCCGUAGGUAAUUACAGCAGUGCUGAUGUAAGGCCAUAUAGCACGAUUGCGAGUGUGACAUUGCUUAUAUACAGUUAAAUGAACAAGUACAUUUUAAAAAAACAUUUAGGAAAAACCGAGUACGGUCAUAAAAACGCAAUUGUGCAUGGAACUACUUUCUUACGUGACGGAUCAGAACCUGCCGUUGCUGCUUCAAAACAAAUGAUGCGUCCUAGCCUUCAUUAGUAAUUCAAAAAGUUCACUUCAGAAAUAGUAUCAUGGCUUGUGCUGUUUCUAACAAGUUAUUGGAUAAACAAGGAUGGAUUGAUGUGUGUGUGUGUGUGUGUGUGUGUGUGUGCGCGCGCGCAUGUCCAUGUGUCUUUGUGUGUCACGUGUGUGUGUGUGUUUUGUGUGUGUGUGUGUGUGUGUGUGUGUUAGAGAGGGAGAGACGGAGCUUGUGUGUCACCUGUUGCCACUCCCAAGCAGAUGCUGUCAGCGUUCUGUAGGUAAGCUUUCUCAGCGGAAAAAUAGCGUCCAAGCGGGGGUAUUCCUAUUUCGUGGUUGCUGCGCAAUAGUCGAUCACUAUAGAAACAGUGAUGUCCUCCGCCAUUUUAAAGUGUGUAUCCAAUGUGGAAACUCUGUAAGCGCCUCGAGUUCUGUAAUCAAACCUUUGUCCUUUGUGUUUCUCAAGCUGCAAUGAGCCUUAAUCCUCAAACUGUUCAUUUAAAGCCAUUUAAAACAAUGUCCUAGCUUAAGUAAUGUAGUGGUAAUAGGAGCGAUCAUGGAGCGCCGUUCUAUGUAAACAAUGACUGACGGAUUCACUUUACGUCACCAACUGGCUCAUAUACCUACAAAAAUUACAUUUUGCCACCACCUGCUGGCUAACAUGUCAAUGUAAUUUACAUCUGUUUAUAAUCUGUCCCUAAAUGCUAAAUUGUUCAACACCAAAGGGCGGACUAGUCACUUACAUCAGAGAUAUAUAUUUACUAUAAUAAAAAAUUUAAAUACUGAAACCUUACGAAGUGAUUGAGACGCUCAUAGACCAUUUUUUUUUUUUAAUAUUUUCAACUGUUUUCACUUAAUAAUUGAGCAAACACUCAUGGACAUGCGGAGUGGAUUUUCUCUUGAAAUUCUAUGAUAAGAUGUUAAUGUGAAAAUAUGUAUAUUCACACACACGUACACACAGAAUAACAUGCCCCUAUUAAUAGGAAAACUGCAUCUAUUGUGUUGUGUAAUAGUGCUUUUGUGUUUUUGCUAAUUUUUUUAGAGCUGUACUGUCACAAAACAAGUAAGAUUAAGUGAUAGAAUACACUAGUCUAUUUACUGUCACCAAACUGAUCUCAUUCUUCAACAUUAACCACCCACUUUUUCCAGAGGCCUUGGUUCCAGAAGCAUUUUCCCCCAUUUAUUUUGUCACCAAGCCUUUGUUUAGAUUUCCAUUUGUUUAAUGGUGGAUAAUAUAUUUUACAGAAUGUCACUUUAUGUCCCUUGGAUAUUAUUUGCUUGAGGUAAAUCUUCUUGAAAGAUAAUCUUCCUUUUUAUUUUGACCCAUUAAACUUAGGUUUAUCGCAUUGCAUAUCACUGCAUAUUAACAAGUUUAUAAAAUAUAAUUUUUUUUCUCCUAACCGUGCAGCCCUAGAUGUCACUUCUAAAUUUGUUUGUUCUUAAGCAAUUCUUUUUUUUUUUUAAAAAAGGGCACAUUUUUAACAUGGUGGCCAGUGGUAAGGUAAUAAUGUUAUUUUGCCUAUAUUACCAGACUGACUAUCUCGCAUUUUCCUAAUACCAACAUUUUGAAUAUUAUCCUUGCCGUAUGUCCCUGCAAACUUUCGAACCAAUGCAAUACCCUAUGCGUGGUGCUUGCCGAUGGUUUCCAGAUUUGAUAGGGUGUUGCUAAGGUGUUGUGGGUGGUUGCUAGGUGGUGUCUUACAGGCCCUGGUCAGAAGAGCUAAUCCCAAAAUCUCUAUUAUAUUUUGGUCUCUCGAGGCCCUCCAAUGUAUGUUAUUUUUUAUUAUUAUUAUUAUUUUCAUUUUAUCCUUGGUAUAACACACCUUUGUGUGUUUGUCUUUUUGUUUCAGUUCUUUAAAAUAUAAUUUAUAUUGCCAAGCCAGCUCUCGCCUCCUCCUUUCCCUUAAUCCCUUUACAGUUACAUUCAUACGAGCAGACAGAAAAGUAAGUUUGAAGGAAGUUUGGCCACAUUGGAAACAAAUAAUCAGGUGAAAGUGAGGUGUGUGCAUGGGAAUAUUCAUGAUUAUCUUAUAGUGACUGUCAUGGUAAUUUUCCGGGGACAAAAUCAUAAUAUUAAAGGCGGUGGUUUGUCCUCACCUCACCCAUCCCCUAAUUUUGGGAUCUAAUGGGCUAUAUGCAUGGAACGUUAAUUACAACUUCCGGAAUAAUAUAAGCCAGCUCAAAAACUUCAGGUGAAACGUCACUUGCUGUAGCGGCAUAUUCAAUUGUCUGAUAGACAGUGUAAAUAGCCUGUAAGGCGAUAUCAAUCUUUUUUUUUUUUGUAACAGUUAUUCACUUGUUUAAAUAGAUUAUAAAAAUAAGUGAACGAAAUGAAAAAGACGUUUAAAUUUCAGCAUUUUGAGUGGACGACAGCUGGGCACUGUUGCGUCCUUCAUUGUUCAUCCUCAGCUAAAUUCAAUUCAGCUAUUAGUUUUCGAACUUACCCCUCCGACGACCAACAACGGCCCCACCAUGGUGCUAUAACCUUUGUUUCUCCCCUCUUUGCUGGCUCAGUAAGUGACAAGCAGAUCUUUGAAGAGUCAGGAAUACUUACAUUACUUAGGCGGGAUAUGGCAAUAAUGGUGGACAGAGGCUUUCUUAAGGAUGACUGUGUGCCCUGUAAAGUGAACAGGCCUGCAUUUCUUUCUGGGAGAGUUCAGAUGCCUGCACACGAGGUCAGGGAGACCCAGGCUAUUGCAUAUCUGAGAGUGCAUGUUGAGCACCUUAUUCGCUGUUUAAAGGAACACAAAUUCUUUGACAUGGUUAUCCCCCUAAAUGUUUGGUAACAUUAACCAUCUCUAUGUAGUUGCAUGCCUUCUGUUAAAUUACCAGAGUGGCCCACUUGUAAAAGCUUUGUCUAAAUAGAUGCAUCAAGACCAGUGUGCAGUUCUGUUUAGUAUUUAAACUAUUUUACUGUUGUUAGCUACUGUUUUAUUCAAUGAUAAUGGAUUUACAUCUCUACAACUUCAUACAGGGAUCUGUAUUUUUCCCUCAUUUUCAGUUUCAUGCUUCCAGUGAAUAAACCUACAUUUGUUUAUAACUGCCUUUUUAAAGGGCU